CGGCGGGCCGCCGGCCGCGCCCGGAGCUCCGUGCUCCCGCGGGGUGCCGGGAAUCCCCCGGUCGGGACGGGCCGGGGCGCGGGGCCGGAGGCCCGGGGAGGCUGCGCCGCAGUGAGCGGGGCUGUGCCGCUCUCGCCCUAGGUAGGAUGGACCUGCCCCCCUGCCUCUGCCCCCAUGUCCAAUAAGAAGAGACCCGGCUUGACACCUGCCUAUAUACAGAGGAGGAGAGCAACAUCUUCAGCGCUGGGCUUUGGAGGGGGGGACCAACCCAAAACACAACACAGCAUCAGGGCAGAGCGGGGGGCUCGGUGGUAUUAUAAAACCCCCCCAAGACUAUGACUUCCAGUAAAAUUGAGAUGCCAGGGGAGGUGAAGGCAGAUCCUGCAGCUCUGAUGGCAUCUCUGCAUCUGCUGCCUUCUCCCACUCUCAACCUUGAAAUCAAAUACACCAAGAUUUUCAUCAAUAAUGAGUGGCAGAAUUCUGAAAGUGGAAGAAUAUUCCCAGUAUAUAAUCCAGCAACAGGAGAACAAAUCUGUGACAUUCAGGAAGCUGACAAGGUUGAUACGGACAAGGCAGUGAGGGCAGCUCGGCUGGCUUUUUCCCUUGGUUCUGUUUGGAGGAGAAUGGAUGCCUCAGAAAGAGGCCAUCUUUUGGAUAAGUUAGCAGACUUGGUGGAAAGGGACAGGGCAAUUCUCGCUACUAUGGAAUCACUGAACAGCGGCAAACCGUUUUUGCAAGCUUUCUAUGUGGAUCUCCAGGGAGUCAUAAAAACCCUGAGGUAUUAUGCUGGUUGGGCAGACAAAAUCCAUGGAAUGACCAUUCCUGUAGAUGGAGAUUAUUUUACGUUUACAAGACAUGAACCCAUCGGAGUGUGUGGACAGAUCAUCCCUUGGAACUUCCCCCUGCUGAUGUUUGCAUGGAAGAUCGCUCCAGCUCUGUGCUGUGGUAAUACAGUAGUUAUUAAACCAGCAGAACAAACACCACUCAGUGCUCUCUAUAUGGGUGCCCUCAUCAAGGAGGCUGGCUUUCCACCAGGAGUUGUCAAUAUUUUGCCAGGAUUUGGUCCAAUUGUUGGUGCAGCCAUAGCCUCUCAUGUUGGCAUUGAUAAAAUUGCUUUCACUGGAUCCACUGAGGUUGGGAAGCUGAUCCAAGAAGCAGCUGGAAGGAGUAAUUUGAAGAGAGUUACACUGGAGCUGGGUGGGAAAAGCCCAAACAUUAUUUUCGCAGAUGCUGAUUUGGACUAUGCUGUGGAACAAGCUCAUCAAGGAGUCUUCUUCAAUCAAGGUCAAUGCUGCACUGCAGGCUCACGGAUUUAUGUGGAAGAAUCGAUCUAUGAAGAGUUUGUUCGAAGAAGUGUGGAACGUGCAAAGAGGAGAGUUGUGGGGAGUCCUUUUGACCCAACUACAGAACAAGGUCCACAGAUUGAUAAAAAACAAUACAACAAGAUCUUGGAACUGAUUCAAAGUGGCAUCACUGAAGGAGCAAAACUUGAAUGUGGGGGAAAGGGGCUGGGAAGAAAGGGAUUCUUCAUUGAACCUACGGUGUUUUCCAAUGUAACCGAUGACAUGCGGAUUGCCAAGGAGGAGAUUUUUGGGCCUGUUCAAGAAAUACUGAGAUUUAAAACCAUGGAUGAAGUUAUAGAGAGAGCCAACAAUUCUGAUUUUGGGCUGGUAGCUGCUGUCUUUACAAAUGACAUAAACAAGGCCCUGACAGUCUCUUCAGCAAUGCAGGCUGGGACAGUCUGGAUAAAUUGCUACAAUGCCUUAAAUGCCCAGAGUCCUUUUGGAGGAUUCAAAAUGUCUGGCAAUGGGAGAGAGAUGGGUGAAUGCGGAUUGAGAGAAUACUCUGAAGUUAAAACUGUGACAAUAAAGAUCCCUCAGAAGAACUCCUAAAGCUGCAGAGGACCGUGUUGUGCAGAAGAGCACAUGAUGCCACCUUCUCUGUUCCUUAUGGAUACCAGCACUCAGGAAUAAAAAGUGUUACACAAUAUAUAUUUAAGAAAUUAAGUUGCAACAUAUAUACUGGGCACAUAACUGAGUACGUAAUGCAAACCAACUUUGCAUGUUUUCAUAAAACUCUCCUGAGAAUCGUUACAUCUUUAUAAAACAAAUCUUAACGAGAUAAAAUUGCCACUGGGCAUCAUUUAAUAAUGCUUCCAGCUAUAAAACUGUUAAAUGCAAAUGCAUGCACACACACAUUUAUCUCUUCCUUAAAUAAACAAAAUAAGUCUUA